UGCUAGCAACGAUCCAGGUACUCGAGCUGAUCCCAUCGAACUUGAUUCUGAGAAUGAUGACUACCCUCCGAUUUCUAGUGUACGGCAUUCCAUAAAAGUUGACGACAGGAGACACGGCUUGAACAUUGGUCGAAGAAGCAGAACAGUCUACUCUCCAACGAAAUCUUGCUGAAAAUGUACAAAGGAUGGAUGUCAUUGACUUGGAUGAGCUUGAGGACGAUCAAGAGGAUGAGCUUCGCAUUCUAGCCGUGCAGAAUAUCCGCCCAGAAGAAGACCAGUUACAGACGCAGCCCAGGGCGGCUAGAGUUGUUAAGGUUCAGCAACGGAACCCAAGUAUCGUCCAGCCAUGGAGCAAGUGCCCUGGCUACCAGCAUGAAAACCUGCUACUGAAGCCAAACAAGACUGUGGAGCUUAUUGAUGGCGACUUCCUUCGUAUCCGAGAUAUUGUGUACAAUGCACAAACACAAGAAGUUCGGGUCUGCGGGAAUAGGUUCCAGCGAACACGAGACUUGAAUGGACUUUUGGAAAGGAAGAUGAAUGAGCUGGUCCUGUUUCUGGAGGUCGACCUCGACGAUCCUCGUCCUCAUCUGGAGCAGUCUGCUGUCCAGAUUCCACUGAUUGAAAUCAAGAAGAUACGAAGUCUUCGUUUAACAAAUCAGAAAUUUCCCUUGGACAGGAAUUUGCAACCCAAAGACUUUCGGACCCGGCACGACAUCACUCAUGAAGGAGGCUUGACUUGCCGAUGGAAGUAUACUUGCACGUACUCUACUGGAGCUGAUAGAUAUCAGAACGUCCACAAGGAAAGGAGACUGGAACGAAUCAGAGCAGACGAGUGUACGGGUGCCAAUGUACUCUCGGAUGCUGAUCGUCGUUCGCAAUGGCGGGAAGAAACUAUUCCUGGAGGAGCUUACAAGCCUUCUCUUAUGAUCGAUGCAGCCAGAUCCCCGUCCAUCAUAGAUGAAGGAUUUCUAGAUUCUGUUGGCAGCUCAUCAAACCAAGAAGAUCACAAUGUUGAAGUAAUCGCUACACAUACCUCCACUGCUCGAGUUGGAAGGAACAGAGAAAUGUCUGUGUCAGAAGUUUUCUGGCCAAUAAAGACAGAGAAACGCAAGCAUAGCGAUACGGAAACGAUGUCUCUCAGCAUCCAGGAGAGAACGAAGCGACCUCGAUUUGAUGGAGAAGCAGUAGUCGAAGAGACUAGACGACGUCUGUCGAUUUAUACACUUGGGAACAACAUCGAAGAGCCUGACAUCUUACUUUCUCGAAGAAAGGUUUCUGAGGUUGUGAUAUCCAGUCAAACCAUAGACUUCUCUCGAGAUCCAAAGUCCUCCAUAUCUGAGCCCAUCAACCUCAUGUCCUCGGAUCUGUCAACCCCACCGCCAUCAGGAUCAAUACAUACAUCGGCUCUCAUCCCUGUUGAACCAGUCCAUCGUCUCCCAGGACAGAAACUCACCUACAGCGACGCCUUUUGCGGCGGCGGCGGUUCAACCAGAGGUGCUGUCAUGGCAGGAUUCCAAGUAAAAUGGGGCUUCGACUUCAACAAACACGCGUGUGAGACCUGGAAGGCUAACUUCCCCAACGCAAACUGCUACCACGAAUCCUCUCAUGACUUUGUAUCUCGUGUCCAGCAUUCCCCCAGAAAAGAGCGUUUCAAGGUCGAUAUUCUGCAUCUCUCGCCUCCUUGUCAGUUCUUCAGUCCGGCACAUACUGUGGAUGGCCAAGAUGAUGAGAUGAAUGUCGCCAGUCUUUUUGCGGUGCAGAGCGUGAUCGAGGCUGCUAGGCCGAGAGUCGUGACCUUGGAACAGACAUUUGGGAUUGUGAAUGAGAGGUUUAGGUGGUUCUUCAACGCGCUGAUACAGAUGUUCACAAGCCAUGAGUUCUCUGUUAGGUGGGCUGUAAUUCCAUUGCAGCGGUGGGGAUUGCCACAGCACAGGAGGAGGUUGAUUAUUAUUGCUUCUUGCCCAGGUGAGGUCCUUCCCCGAAUGCCUGAUGCGACGCACGGCGAGAAUCCUUCACUUGGUGAUACGCUCAAACCUUACGUCUCCGUGGAUUCAGUCCUGGCAUCCAUCCCAGCCAACGCACCUGAUCAUGAUCGUCUUGCUGUCCGAUUCGCUGAAGACAAACGCAUGGCUCCAUGGGACGGCUCCAAGAUCCUCCCACGAGCAAUGACCACCAGUGGAGGACAGAAUUACCACCCGAAGGGAUUUCGAGACUUCACAUUGAGAGAGUAUGCUUGUCUGCAGGGCUUUCCUGUAUGCCACCUUUUCAAGGGGAAUUAUGUCAAGAAGCAGAUUGGGAAUGCGGUCCCGCCUGUCGUGGCGAAGGUUUUGUUUGAAAGUGUGAAGAGAGAUUUGGAUAUUGCGGAUGGAAUUGUGGAAGGAGUUGAGGUUUUGGAUUAGAGUUUGUACGAUUCAAUUUUGAUGUUGCGAGUUUUGUUUAAAUGAGUCUUCCUCUGAAAAGGAGUGUUUUUUGAUUCUAAAAGGAUAUCUGGUUGGAGGGAAGGAAGAGACAUUUCUGGG